GCCACUAUUGACAAAUUUUCAGACACCCCUUUAUAGCAUCUAGUUUCAGUGAUUCAACAAUCUAGCUCAUUCUAUAGUAUUAUAAAUUAUAUACAUUUUCAUCAAAUAUAUAUAGUGCAGAAAUUACAUUUAUAGCCCUAGAUAUGGGAAGAGCACCUUGUUGUGAAAAAGUGGGUUUGAAGAGAGGAAGGUGGACAGCAGAGGAAGAUGAAAUUUUGACCAAAUAUAUUAAGGCCAAUGGAGAAGGUUCUUGGAGGUCAUUACCCAAAAAUGCAGGAUUGCUUAGAUGUGGAAAAAGUUGUAGAUUAAGAUGGAUAAACUAUUUGAGAGAUGAUCUGAAAAGAGGAAAUAUUUCUGCUGAAGAGGAAACUCUCAUUGUCAAGUUGCAUGCUUCUUUUGGCAACAGGUGGUCUUUGAUUGCAAGUCAUUUAUCAGGAAGAACAGACAACGAGAUUAAAAACUACUGGAACUCUCAUUUGAGUCGAAAAAUUUACACUUUCCGAGGAACCACGACAAAUUACAAUAAUAAUAUUAAAGAGAUUCCUUCACAAGGAAUCUUAGUUAAUAUACCUCCGAAAAGAAAAGGUGGUAGAAUUAGCAGGAAUGCUAUCAAGAAAAAUAAACAGUAUACCCAAAGAGUUUCUGAAAGCGCAAAUUGGCUUUCUUCUACUGGUGAAGAUACCCCAAAUGAGCUUCCGUUGCCAUGCAUUGUCGGUGAAAAUAUUGAAACUGAUCAAAAUCCAAAUCCGAAGGUUAUUAAUGACGAUGAUUUGUUGAAUUUAAAUGAUAUUAUUAUAGACACAUGCGAGGUGGAAAAAGAAAGAGACAGUAAUGAUGAUGAAGGAGUUCGGGACAAAACACAUGACACUAAGAAUAAUAGUGUGACAUGUCGAAGUUCGAAUGAUUUGGAUUGGGAUAGUGUUGUGCCUUUGUUGAAUAAUAAAGGACAAUCUUUGUCAUGGGAGUUAACUUGGUUGUGGGAUGAUGAUGAAUGGGAGAAGGAUUUUCACAAGUAUACUGAGAUUGAUCCUGAUCAUAAACAAAAUGCUAUAUUUUCUUGGUUAUAAUCUUGACGCUAAGUUAAUUUUAGAACUUGAAUUUUGGUUGUUUAGCUCUUGUAAUCUUUUUGGAUGUAAAAAUAUAACUAUAUUUAUAGUACCUUUUAAU